CGCCGUUUGAUCGAUGGGCGUGGUUCGGCAUCGCUCGCGCGAGCUAAACGGAGCUCAGCUCUCUAGACGAGGGGUUUGCAAGGUUGGAGAAGAGGGUUAGUCGGUGCUAGUAGGGACGGGAGACAAUGGCGGAAGCUGGAGCCGGUCAGCAGAGGGCGUUCGUCAAAAAUCUGAACCGACAGACUGCGCAGCAGAUCAGGGAGAGCGCGACGGUCACCGUCAAGGCAAUGAGCGAGCAGUCUCGUCCCAAGCUGAGAGUGGUAGAACCAAUAGACUAUGAAGCAGAGCUCAGUUCACGAAGGAAGGAACUCGGACGAGAGAAAUAUCUCGGACUAAUGCUCUUCCCUCAACAUGACGUGGAGGUGAUGCAAGAGGAUUGGAAAUAUCGGACUGAGCAAUGCACUGUCCCUUCUGGUGCUCUGGAAAAGACUGACAGACUCUUUACUGCCGAGUGUCUCAAGUUCUUCCAGUCCAAGUGGCACAUUGUCAACUUCAAGUUCAGCGAGUUUUCCGCGAGUUUUGGGAAGCUGCUCAGUCCAGACUUCCAUCAGAAAAUGGUGUUGACCGAUGCCGUUUGAGUUUGGCUACGUUGACGAGAGGCCCGUAGCAACCUGAUGAACCAAGCCAGCAGUGGAGCUCCACUAACGAAGAGGCGCUACCUCAGUAAAGGUCCAUUCCCUUCAGACGGAGGAAUCUCAGUCUCCAUGAAAACCUAUCGCAAGAGGUACGCAGCACUCACUGGAGACCCAAAUGCUGGGGGAUACUUCCUCAAUAUCUACAAGGAUGAGAAAGGUACAAAUCUGAAGGGAAGGAUUGCACUGGACACUUGUACUGAAGUCAAGACUAAUUCUCGCCACAAGACUCAUGGAUUCGACAUCCUGACAGACGAUGAGAAGGUGUUCUACCCACUGGCAGGAGACAGCGAUGCUGAGGUCGAGGAGUGGGCAGAGAUCAUCAAGAAAGCCAUCGCUGGGGAAGAAGUGGAAGAGAGUGACGGACCAAUGGCUCCCAUGACGUCCUACUAUCCCAGGAGACUCUCCGAGAUCUCAAGAAAACUGAGAUUAAACCUGAACACCUCCAGGUGUCAAAAUUCUCUCCUGGGAGUCUGGUUGAAGAGAGGAACAAAGUCAGAUAUCCUCUGUUCCAAGUCUACCCUGAGUUGCUGAGGUCCCAGACCAGAGAGCCCAGGUCAAGAGUGCUGCCUCCAGAGGAGAAGUUUGGUCUCAGAUUUGUCGUAAAACUCAAGGAUUUCCAGUUCAAACUGUCGGCAGAGAGUGACGGACAAAACAAAGCAAAACAUUUGGAGCCUUUCUUCCUGACGCUGGCUCUAUUUGAUGCCCAGCAGGGAGUGAAGCUAUCGGAGGAUUUCCACGUCGACGUGAACUCUGACCCCCUCCGAGAGAUGCUGCCCCUCCCACCAAACACCAUGGAUACGGGGCCACACCCACUCUCCAAAUACCUCAACUCCACAGUGGAAGCGGUGUUUUCUGUAACUCAGCCUCAUGAGGAGGUGUAUCUUGUGGCCAGGAUUGAAAAGGUGCUGCAGGGAGGCAUCACGACGUGUGCAGAGCCCUACAUGAAGCUGGGAGAUGCUGUCAAGUCAACGCAGAGGAUUCUGCAGCAAGUUCCCCUCCUGUGCAGUCGACUGGGGACCUACCACAUGGCUUUUGCCUGGGCAGCUCGCCCGGUGUUCCAGUCAGGAGGCAACAAGUUGGACCUGACGGCCGAAUUCACUGCUCUCUACAAACAGGAGAGAGAGAGACUCAGCAACGAAGAGCUCCUCAAGAUCCUCUCUGACUUCAAGAAUAUCCACAAGGCCAAGCUGCAGACCAUUCCUGGUAGUCUGGUGGUGGACGUAGUGCCUCAGCCUCCACAGAGCAAGACUGCCACCCUCACCAGUUCCCUGCUGCCAGUCCGCAGUCGAGGAAGAGGAGGAGGAGCUGACAGAGAUGACACAGACACUCUCUCACGAGUCUCCCCCUCCUGCCCCCCGUGUCUGGAGGUCCAGGAAUUCCUCGGGGGGUUUCACGCCCCCCGCAUCGACCCCCAUCUCUCCCUUACCCACCAUCUCUACGUCUACCCUGUAACUCUCAAAUAUGACUCCCAAAAGGCCUUUGCAAAGGCCCGGAACAUAUCGUGCUGGGUCCAGUUCAAGAGCAGUGAUGUCAAAGGAGCCAAAGCCCUGCCUGUCAUAUACAGCUCUGCUCCAGGAACAGUGUUCUGUGAUGGACUCCACACUACCGUCCUUCACCACUGUACCUCACCCACCUUCUAUACCGAGGUGAAGCUGAGUCUGCCGAUAGCUCUGUCUCCAUCACAUCAUCUCCUCUUCACCUUCUACCACAUCUCCUGUGACAUCGCCAAGACAACCAAGGCCAAAUCCUCCAUAAGACAACCUCCCCCUGAGACAAUCGUUGGGUAUGCUUGGCUUCCUCUGGUUGAUGAACAAGGAAGACUGCUAGAGGACACACAUUCUCUGCCAGUAGCUGCCAACCUACCACCAAACUACCUUCAAUUCACUUCCUCAAAAGCUGCAGUACCAGAUGUGAAGUGGGUGGACGGGCACAGACCAAUAUUCAGAGUGGACACUAGACUCCAGUCACCUAUAUACACUCAGGAUUCCAGCCUACAUGAGUUCUUUUCUCUCUGUGAGCAGCUGAAACAUAAGAGUGGGCAGCUCCAACCUGCCGUCCACACUGCACUUGAGAGGCUUGCUGGUGUAGAUCUCCACGUGAUUCUGCAGUUCCUCCCCAUUCUUCUGACUCAGCUCUUUCACCUCCUCUCCAAUUCAUCAAAAGACUUGGAGACACUCAAGGCCGAGGUGGUCAGAACUCUUGUGGAGGUGGUGGACAAAGUGGUGGAGGCUGGCAGAAGUGAUUUGCUCAAAUCCUACAUCGAGGUAUCUACAGUAAUUGUACGACCAAGAUAAAAUGUUUAGAUGAAAACCGUACAAAUAGAUCCCUGCCCUGAAAAUUUGAAUCUUCAUUUCUUCUCUCUCCCUGUGUGUUAGCACAUCUUUGUGACGAGGUGGACGUCUCCAAGACCAGUGCAGUCCACGAUGACCUGGCAAGACUCAUGGUCCUCCACUUCAGACAAGGUCUCAACAAGAGUGAGAAACUUCUGCAGCACGUGUGGUUCUUCCUCGAGAUCAUGUUGAAAAGCAUGGCACAGUACCUCGGCAUAGCCAACAAGAUGCAGAGUUCUCGGAAGAGCCGAUAUCCGGAGAAUUUUGGGUGGAAUCUUCGCAACCUUGUGGCCAUUCUGUUGGAGUACGUCCGUCAGAAACACCACAACCAAGCAGCCAAGAAGGCUAACAGAAGUCUGGCCAAGUUAUCAAGCAUCCUUAACUGCAGGACAGGGGAGUGGGGUUCAAACUGGGCCUACUCACAUGAGUCAUUCCGCUACAGAGAACGCCCAUCUCGGUCGGAUUUGAAACUGGAGUUUUACACAGAUAAUCUGCGAACACGAGCACUUCACUACCUCUCAACACCUCC